GGCUUCAACAGCGUGGGGACGACUUAAGCGAGCACACACUGUAUAGCUUAUGUCGUGAUAUUGCUCCACCAUGUUUGAAAUCGCAGUCGUGUGCUUUCUACUCGUCGGCUUGGGAAAAGGUGACGUACAAGUGGGUAUCGAAGGAAUCGAAGACGCCGAUAUGGGAUCUUUUGUCAUUGACUUGACUUGCAAUGACGCCGAAACAGCAUGUAUGCACUGCUUCACAGUUCACAAAUAUGGACGAAAGUAUUUGUACGCGUUCGAACUUUCUACGGACUCCAAUCCUAGUCUCCACAUUUCAGUCAGCAGCGGAGAGCAGAACUGGGACAUGACUUUUAGUCAGGAAGAGCUAGACGAGCCGUUUCGUCAAUGCACACAUCUUAACGCUACCCGUGAAGUGGAGCUACACAACCAGCUGACAGUCGAGGCGUGCUUUGACAAUCAUUUUUCGGCUGUGCCUGUGCCGGCCGAGUGCGAGCAACCUGUCGCCGUGUACACGCUCAAAACCCGCAGGAGUGACCAGAAAAUCCGCGGACAACAGAUCCUUUACUGCUUGCCCCAAAGUUCCUGAGAAUGACUCAUUUCAACAAGGUUAGGGGAGCAUUUCUUUGAAAUUACUUCGUUUUGAAACAUUUCUCCCGCACAACAUGUUGUAGUUCAUGAAAAGUGAAAGAUAUUUUGGCAAAAAAAGACAAAAAUAUUGACACAUUACUGUAUUUAAAGAGAUUUGGUUCUUCAAAAUGACAUUUUUGCAUAUUUUGCACCGCCUUAAAUCAGUAACUGCACAUCACGACAAAGUAUAUCAAAGAAUUGAUGAGGUAGUGUUUUUCAGUUCACACAUUAAAGGUGCAUCGCCAUUUUGCCAUGCUGGCUAAAAGGGCAGCUAAGACAAAAGGAUGUCUCAGCUUCACUGAUGGCCUUCAUCGCGCUUUGGAUGUCUAUUUAUAAGCGGUUUUUUAGCUGGUGGAAUGGCUGAAUGGCAGUUGACAGUACGCUAAAACCCUUCUGGUUCAUUUGGCUGGCCAUUCUAUACACUUUAAUGAAAGUCAGUUAAAGCCAUAGAUUUGCGGUAGCAACGCGCGAAAUAUCUUUGUGGAUAUGUGUGGUUACCACAUAUGAUACAAAAGUGUGUGUGGUUACCUCACUUUGGCAUGAUGCUGCUGCAAAUCUAUUACUUAAUUUGACGCCUUCACCAUGAAGAACUUCGAGUCUCAUUCACAAAAGUUAUUCAAUAAUUAUUCAAUAAUAUUCAAAUAAACGAAAGAUACAGGCAUUACAGAUUUUUUUCGACAUGGUUUCCAGUAAUAUCGUUUACUUAAAAUGGUACAUUAUUUGGGGGGGUAAAAUGGAUUUUGUAUUUCGUGGGAAGCUGAUGGCCCCUAUUAAAAUCUGCUAUCAAAACUUGUGAAGAAUCUCAGUUUUGACGUGAACAAAUAGUUCAGUCGAAUUCAGGGCAAUCGUUUAAUUAUUUAGGUACGGGUGUAAACAUGUAGCUUGCAGGUUUUGGUCUGGUUCGUGUGUGCGUGCGCGUUUUGCCAACCCGUGUGCAUUCGACACGGGAAUAACCUUAACAAUGAAGUUUCCUGUCCAGAUUUUGCUGAUUUCAAGUUCAAUUGACGUUAUAGCAGUGUCUAGGUUUGCUAAAGUAUAAACACGCAACUCUUUGCCUGCGCAAGGGGCCAAUAAUAAAUUUAAAAGUUCAGAAAUUAGGGCUGUGUAGAUGUUGUGUCGGAUUUUGGUCCCUCUGAAAACAUUUGGGAGAAUGUAUUCUCGUUCAAACUCUUUUACUGUGUGUUUAAACUUCUUUACUUGUGUAAUACAGAACGUAAACGCCACAAACAAAUCUCUAGCCUAUUGAAAAAUAAAACAUCUCUGUUGAUGGAUAUGCCAUUUAGGGCCUUAGAUGAGAAGAGGAAAAAUAUAUCCCAAAAAACUUGGUUCCUUAAAAUGGAAUCUAAAUGUCACGGGCCAUCACUGUGGCAAAAUCGCUCAGAUGGGACUAAAUUAAAUUUUAUUGGCGGCUCUGUGCGGGAGCGCUCAGUUCAAUCAGGCACAGAUGGUUUGGAAGAGGAACUAUAAAUUAAGCAUGAAUAUACACGGAGUCAAAUUACUGUCGGUAUUUUUUGGCAUCUACGGACAGAAUUCCAGCUGCUAAAUUUGUUUCUGUCUUUUUCGAUACUCUUGACCACAAUCGAUUCAUGGAAUAACAAAAAAAACCAAAAAAACCCAAAAAAACAAAUAAAAACGAUAACCGCCAACAAGGACUGGGCUUAGCUCAGCCCUUGUUCAUUCAACUUUCAAACGUCACCUUUUUACUUCUGUCGACGUUGUGUUUUGAAUUUGUUAUACUUCGGCAUUCAAUUUUGCUAAACGUCGGGUUCUAUUUUCAGUUCAGUUAUUGUUCGGCACUAGUUCAACCGUCGUGGUCUAAUUUUAUAUCGUGAUUAAAAUUUUUAUAAACACCACAAUUUUAACCUUUCAAACGUCAUGGUUAAAUACAUUUUUAAGAGAACGACGCAACCUGUACCGACACGAGUGAGGACUGAAUUGAUCUACAAAUUGGUACCAUGCCCUGGAUUGCUUGGUGGUUUGUUACCCAAUCCUGGCCAAAUCUUGUCGGGCCCCCAACCCCGGGUCCCCUCUCAGUGUUGGGUCUCACUGCGCGGUCUGCCCUUCAGCUCGAGAUCACAAUAUUGACCUGUGGAGUGGGGAACCUGGAAAGGGUAUGGCUAUCGACGCGUGUGCCAAAAAUCUGUCCAGGACUACAGUUGCAUCAUUACAAAGUUGAACCACAAAGUAAAAAUAAUUAAGCAUGACGUUACACGGCUGGUGUAGCACUGCUACCGAAAAUGAUGCAUAGCUUUAUACUGAUAGACCAUAAAACAUUUUUGUACACCGAUAUAAUUAUCAUGAUGAUGGGAUGCAUUUUUAAAUGAUAAAUUCUUGCCAGCACAAAAGUGUGGAUUUGCAUAACAGCUUCAUAAUAUAUUGUAAACAGAUCCAGCAGAAUUUAUUUCGUUCAUACGGCACUGUCGAAGCUUCGCUCAUGCAUACUCCAGGAUGGGCCUAUGUCCCCGGUCACAAAACUGAAGCGAAGAGGAACAAUUCAAUCUUAUACAUGUAAUUGAAUCCCCCUUUUCAGACGUAAGUAUUGCAUUUCAUUGUGAUGUUUGAAUUUGGGGUGCUUACUACUCUAUUUUAUUCAAUUCUACUUUUUAUUUUGCAUUUUUCAGACGUGUUCAUGAGUAUUCAUUUCUAAUUUGUUUUAGUGAAAUGUGUUGCGUUGCCAUGGCACUAUAUGAAGGAAACCAUUUCUGAUGAUUAAAGAGUAUUUGAUUAAGAAUAUAUCGGACUAAGAAAUUCAAGGGGAAAUUGGAAACCAUAUCUGGCAUAAAACCUCUUGAUGAAAAAAGUUGGAAAAUAAUCGUUUGAUUUAAAUUUCUCUCGAGACCUCAAUGUGAAUGAAUGCUUUAGAGCUAGGUAUAUAAAAGCGCAUAUGUCACAAAGGAAAAUAAUUUUCCUAAUCUUAUGGCACACGCUACACGAAUUGAAUAAAUCUGCUCAUAUAAUUUGUUCCGCCACCUUG